CGGGAUGUUUUUCACUGAAGCGACCCCAGUUCUGUGAUAUUUAACCUCAACUUUUACCAGGGGAACCCCACCAGAAAAUGUGCAUUUACCCCCCGGAACGCGAUUUUUACAGGAGAAUCGCCUCUAGAAAGCGACCGGGCUAGUUUUGAGUAGCAGUUGGGCGGUUAUUGCUUUGAAAACCUGGCAACCCUGAGGCCUGAGCUAAAUACGGAUACUGAUGGAAUCUAAGUAGAAUAACAUCUAUAAUCAGGUGACAGCACGGUGAAGACUGCAGCCAAAUUUUGUUAAGAUAUUUGCAGCUCAUAAAUAUGUGAAUAUUUACAAUUUCACGGUCCCGCUGUCCACGUUGUCAUGCUAAGUGAACUAGCAUAGAUGGCUAGCGUAAACUACAAUUUGUGUGUCCCCAAACAAUGUGGAUAGUCUGAACCGUAUAAAAUAUGCGACUUUUAACUUACCACACGCGGCUUUACACAUCCACGCGGUGAUGUGACACGGAAACAUUUAGUCAUCCUCUCCUCCAUGUAGACAGCACCAUGCCCUUGGAGGAAGGACCACAAUCCUCUGCUAAAAAACCAGAAAGGCGUCCAGCUGACAUCUCUGGCAGGACUAGUAGAGAAGAAGAGCCUGUUGCUGGUCCUUCCAGCUCCCAAAGACAGGGUUACUGCAGCUGCUGUCAAGUUCUGUACAAUAGUGUGGAACAGCACAUCUUGAGUGCCCAACAUAGAGAAGUGGUACGAGCUGCUAGAGCUAAUGUUUCUUCUGGAAGUUUGUUAGAGAGAUUUCUCCAAGAUGUGCUUCAGCAUCAUCCUCAUCACUACAAUGAUACACGGCCUACCCAUGCUGAUCUACCUUCGUUAAACACCCCACUUGUCCCAAAUGAGGUGCUCUCAGAGGUGUACUGUGGAUCAGAUGAUGAUGGUGUCUCUGUUGGGACACGUGAGGAGAUGCCUACCUCUGAUGAAGAGUCAUGUGAAGUGCUGCAAAUUGCAGCCUCAACUCCAGCAGUGAUGAUUGAUCUUACUGCAUCUACACACAUACAAACCAGUUCCCAAAUAGGAAAAAUGGUAACUGAACCACCUCCCUCUGAAAAGUACUCCCCCACACAGGGUUUUUUGCAGAGGACUAGUGGCAGUUCUGCCAAUGACAAGCCACAUGCAUCACAACUGGCACUAUCUGUUCAGAGACAAAGCUCACAAACACAGUGCUCUGUACAUCCCUGUGCUUCAGAGGGUCCACCAGUUGCUAAGACUGGAGUUGUUGAACACAGGAAAGCGCAAAAGAAGACCAAUAGGGAUAAAGAGGGGAGCGACUCCAUUAUAGCUUCCUGUGCCCCACCAGCUGCAAAGUGCAUUACCUCGAAGGACCAGCCUGCAACCUUUCAAUCAGUGGCUGAAGAGUCCACUAUGUGGAUUUCAGCACUGCCACCUUGGAAAGGCCCCCAUAGGGAACCGACAUUCAGUCAUCUAUCUGACCAGAUUCGAGAUGUGAUAGAAGAGGUUGUUGAAAAAUACUGUUAUGGCCACAGUCUCAAAGUCGAUCAGCAGGAGGAGGACGGUAGCUUCAUUCUGAGUCCUCAGUCUAUGAGUGAAUCCAAAGGCAGUGAAGAAUGGGACAAUGCAAUACAGUUGUCUCUGGUAAAGGCAAAGGGUGAAGAAAAAAAUUUAGCAGAGUUACUUAAAGUGCAUAUAAACCUUGAAGACCAAGGAUACCAGACUCAGCUGGACACAGCCCUAAACACUGUGGGAACAUCUGAGGAAAACAAAGAGAGUUCUGCUGAUGAGGUGUUUCCCGAUCUUCCCCACAUACCACAGUCUUUUGUUGGCAAAACAUUGACACAGGUGAUGUUUGAAGAUGACAUGAAGAUAGACUCCAUAGUGAAAGAGUUCCAACAAGGCCAGUUCCGUUGCUAUUUUGACAGUGAAUCAUUAGCUAGGUUUGGGAAGCACAGUAAGAAAAGGAGAAAGAAAAAGAAUCGGGACAAAAAAGAGAAGGCAGAUAAUGCUGGGUGGGAGCCUACAGACAUCUUGCCACUCAUGGAUCACAAUGAAGAAGACCCCAAACAUUCCGCUAUUUUGUUGAAGAAAUCUAGGCAUAAAAUUUACAGACUUGCAUCACGUUGCCAAGUGGUAAAGGUAAGCCACAGUACACAGACCAUCCCUCUUAGUUGCCCUGUGGUGCGGCGAAAAUCAUCACAAGAAGCAUUCCCCUCCACACACAGUGAACAGCCCCUGCAAUGCCCUAGCCCUGAAAGGACCCCUGACAUGAAGACCAGACUCUGUGCUUUGAAGCUUCCAGCUUCUUACUUCAAGAUAAUGAGUCCUCUACAGCCCAAAACUAUGGUGUUUGUGCUUUCUUCCCCGGAUGGAGGUCAAGGAUUCUCCAAGCCCACCCCUAUUAAAAAAGCAGGGAGGAAACGGAAGUCAUGUGAUAGCGAUGUUGGCCUGAAGUACAAAUACAAAAAGACACCUCUUAAGUUCUAUGACCCAUUGACCAAUAGGAUUUUAAAGAGUCCACCAAAAGGCAUGUCUUUAUCAUGUAAUUCCAAGUCUCUUUCACAUGUCCGACAGCUAUUCCGUAGCCUUAGCCCAGAUAUUAAUAAGGAGAGGCAGGGCCUGGAGCAGGGGCAGUCAUCAGGAGGUUCUCGGAAGGGCCGUGGUAGGAGCAGCAUGGUUGAUCUAUGUACCUCCACCUCAGACUCUAUUCUUGAUAGCGGUGGCCCCUCAGAACCAGGUUCUUCUUUGUCUAGCAGCCGAAGAGCCUUAUUCACCCGCUCCUCUAUCUCAAGUAGCAGUUGUUUCCUCCUCGGACAGCUCACGCCAUCUACCCAUGUGGAUGAUUCUUCCAAAGCACUUUCUCACUCUUGUGCAGGCAGUUCCUAUAAGGUUGGAGGACUGGAACAAGAGGAACACCGCCAACAAGAACCAGUUGACCAAACACCAAUCAGGCGUAGCUCACGUAGGGCUGGACCUUUGACUCCAACCAAGAGACCACCAAUACCUCCUUACAGAACCAAGAGGAAAUCACCCAAACCACAGCGGAAAGCAAAAUCGCAAGGCAAUCUCCAGCAAACUGUUAGCUCCCGUAUAUCUGCAGAAUGUAGGACAUCUUCUAGAAACAAGAGCCCUGCUAGGGCCUCACUUAGAUCAUCGGCUUCUUCUAAACGGGCAGUUCAGCCGGUUAUUACAUCCUCUUCUAAACAAAUAAAUAGAAUGCUCAGUGCCAGUGAGCAGAAAAGAGUGAGGGGGAGGACCGCCGCUGUACAUAUAGCAGACUGAACGUUAUCAGACACCAGCCUUGAGCAUAAACUGUCUUCUGUUCUUGAAAUGCUGUAUACACGCAUGGUCAGAUUUGUUGGUACCCCUUGGUAAAUAUGAUCAAAGAAAGCUGUGUAAAUAAAUCUGCGUUGUUGAUCCUUUUGAUCUAUUAUUUAAAAAAUUCACAAAAAUCGAACCUUUCAUUGGAUAAAAAGAAUUUGAAAUGGGGGGAAAUAUUAUGAAAUACAUUUUCUCUAAAACACAUUAGACACAAUUAACGGUACCCUUUUAUUCAAUACUUUUUGAAACCUCAAUUUGCAAAAAUAGUAUAGGAGUUUUCUCCUAUAAUGCCUGAUGAGGUUAGAGAACACCUGACAAGAGAUCAAAGCCCAUUCCUUCAUCCAGAAUCACUCCAGAUUCCCAGCUCCAUGAUGGUGCUUGUCCUCUUCAGUUCACUAUAGGGUGCAGGUCAGGGAACUGAAAUGGCCAUAGCUGAAGCUUGACCACAAAAAACACAAUUUUUGUGUUGUUUUUAAGGUUUGUUUUUGGUUUAUAAGGUUUUUUUUUAUCCGGUUGGAUGAUCCAAACAUGGCCCAUUAUAAGAUUUCUAACAAAGUCAGUCACUUUUUGAUUCUAUCUGUUGGUAUUUGAUGGAAUCAAUGAUGCCGUGUGCCUAAACAAGAUGUCCAGGACCUUCAGCAGAAAUAUAGGCCCACAAAUAAAAAUACAGCUAUAUGUUUAAUUGUACAUACGGGGUACUUUUUAUCCCUGCGUUCAUCAACCCAUCUUGAGUGUUUGCUGCUAAAAAGCAAUUUUUUUUAGUUACAGCCGACCAUAGAAGCCAGUCCCAUUUUAAGUUCCAGUUGUGUCUGACAACUGAAUAUGCUGGAGAUAGUUUUUCGGUGAAAGCCCUCCCAAACAACAUGUGGUGAUGUAGGAGCUGUUUGAUCUUUUUUUAUUAAGGUUUCUGACCCUGAAACUCAAACUUUUUCUGCUAUUCUCCAGCGGUGGUCCUUGAAGAUCUUUGGCCACUCAAUCUCUCCUCCUCAGUGUGCAUUAGGACGAUAUAGACACGCGUCCUCUUCCAGGCAGAUUCAUAACAUUUUCUGUUGAUUGGAACUUCUUAAUUAUUGCCCUGAUGGUGGAAACGGGAAUGUUCACUGCUCUAGCUCUUUUCUUAAACACAGUUUCUAAUUUGUGAUGCCCAAUUAUCUUUUGCUUCACAUCAGAAAUGUAUUAUUUGGUUUUUCUCAUUGUGAUGGGUGAUUAAUUUGGAAUUUGGCCUUUGUUUUCCCUCCUAUUUAUAUUUCUGUGAAACGGGUAGCUAUGGCUGGGAUAAUCUCAUGUUCAUAAUCAUGCUGGUGUGCUCAAAAUUGUGAAUUUGAAUGGGAAUAUAUUUCAGAUAUAUUUUACUCAUAAGAAUUUCAAGGGGUACCAAUAAUUGUAAUUGUGUCCAACAUGCAUCUGAGAAGAAAAAAACUAAACAAACAAACUAACAAAAAAAAACUUUAUUUCUCCUUCUCCAAUGAAAGGUUAGAUGUG